AUGGGAUACACAGGACAGCUAGCUUAUUAUGUAAAGAAGUGUGUUGGCAUCGAGGCAAAAACCAGAACUAGUGGCCUUAACUAUUCACUUGCUACUAACUGGGACCAAGCAAAUGUAGCACGGCUGAGGUUAGCCCUCACCACACUGACAAAGAACACUCUGGUCUGCAAACUUGGCCAAGCAGGGGCUUUCCAGGUGCACCACUGGGGAGCCAGCUUGGUCAAGACUGUAGGAUCUCACAGUCUCUGUGAAGAUACCGUCUGGUACGCCUUGGCCUUGAAGGAGGUCUUGAAUGGAAGAGGCUCUAUCACUGCUAAUUUACCCAUAAAAGAAGUCCAUAGUAGCAUUAAGGGAAGAAUAGGAAGAAGAAUGGCGGAAGUUGAUGAUACAACCUUCAAAUCCAAGAACCUUCAUGCGGAGAGGAGGAGGAGGGAGAAGCUCAGUGACAGACUCUUGACACUACGAGCAUCAGUCCCAAUUAUCACAAAUAUGAAUAAAGCAACUAUUAUAGAGGAUGCAAUCACAUACAUUGAGAUUUUGCAGAGGAAUGUGAAAGAUCUUAGUGAGGAACUUCUUGAAAUUGAGGCAUUAUCAUCAGAAGAGGACCCCAAACCCGAGAUUAAUGCUGGGGAGGAAAUGAAGAAAUGGGUGGUGAAGGAAGAUGUUAAGGUAACCAAUAUGGAUGGCAAUAAGUUAUGGAUAAAGAUACUCUUGGAGAAGAGAAGAGGUCGGUUUACCAAAUUGGUGGAGGCCAUGAAUUUCCUUGGUUAUGAAUUCACUGACAUACAUGUUACCAGUUUCAGGGGAGCAAUUUUGAUCUCCUGUUGUGUAGAGGGAAAUUAUGGUGACAUGCUCACAGCUGACCAAGCUAGUGAUUUGCUGCUGGAGAUCAUUGCAAGCGUAUAA